AUGUCCUCCAUUCAUUCCUCGGUCUACCAUGACCACAAUAAGCACAUUAUGCAACCGCCCAAAUUCACUUCGCGAGCAAUUGCAAAAUACUUCAAAACUCGAUUCACUACUCUUGUUCCAUCGAAAGAAGAGUUAAAAGGAGUUACCAAAACCGAUGUCUUCUUCCCGUUCAAGGUUCUAGGAGAGUUGAAUCGUCGCCAAUGGAACUUUUACCUUAUUGGUUUAGCAGGCUGGACCUGGGAUGCGUUUGACUUUUUCGCGGUGUCCUUGAAUGUUGCCAAUAUUGCCGAGUCUCUCAAUGAAUCCCACAAGAGUAUCACCUGGGGAAUUACCCUUGUUCUCAUGUUAAGAGCUGUUGGUGCUGUGAUUUUUGGUUUAUGGGGUGAUCGUUACGGUAGAAAAUGGCCGUAUAUUGUCAAUAUGUUCCUUUUGGUGGUUCUUCAAAUUGGCACUGGAUUCGUCCAAAACUUACAAACAAUUCUUAGGUGUUAG